GUACAACAACAGGUGAUGAAACGAACACUCUAAAAGUGUGAUUUUGUCAAAUCAGUGUUAUUUCCUGAUAGUUGCUGGUUGAAAAUAUAAUCUACACAGGAUCUUCUAAUCAGCAGGUUUGCAUGGGACGGGGUUUCACCUUUCCAUGGUGACAUCACAAUGCGGUAAAUUGAUGAAUAGACAAAGAGUUCCAAACCUCUCAGCCAAUAAAAGCUGGUUUUCAGUUUCCCCCUCCCCACAAAAACCACUCCUAAGCAGAAUUCUUGCUUGGAAAUAGUAUUGUAUGUGUGUGCGUGCAUGCGUUUGUGUGUGUGAGAUAGGGAGAGGUGAGUUGGUGAGAUUAGCCUGUGAUGUAGAGUCUCAGGCCUGCUCACUGUGUACACAGUUCUCCUGGACCAAAUGAGCAAAUGAGAGGUUAGGCAUACACACGCACACCCAAGAGGAAAUUGGAUGCUGAUUAAAGAUUGGUCUCAACAGCCAGGGGCUGUGACCUGGGAUUAUUGGAAAGAGGUGAACAGAGGUGUUCUAUCAGACAACGCCUCUCCAUCACAACAUCCUCUGGCGCGUGUAUGUGCGUGCGUAUGACCCUCUCCGGUCAGUGGUUACCUCUGUCGCUCCGCUCAUGUCAGUGGUCAUACAUAUUACAGUAGCUGUAUGACGUCAGCAAACGCUAUAAAAUCAAGCCAUAGACGCUAUCACCCCGAAUCAUAGCCCACUUCACCGGCCCAGUGUUCACCAAGCCCCUGCUAACCACCUGCAGAGGCCCCGCUGUAUCUCCAUCCCUUCUGGUUGUUUCAGCACCAUGGCCAGCAUUCUACUGCUUUUCCUCGCCGCCUCCUGCUGCGCAUGUCUCUGUCUCGCUGACGGCGACACCUCGUUGGAGUUUGAGACUCGCGCUCUAGAGUUCCCCCACAAAUCACAAGAAGAGAAGGAUCUGAUUGAAGCUUUGCAAGAAGUUCUGGAGAAACUGAAGAACAAACAGAUGCCGUUAUCAGAAAAGAAGCUCGGCUGGCUGCCGUCGUGUGACGCAGGCGAGCAGUGCGCUGUUCGCAAGGGUGCGCGUGUCGGAACGCUGUGCGGAUGUCCGCGUGGGACGACCUGCAACUUCUAUGUCCUCAAGUGUUUGUAAGAAGAGAAGAAGAGAAAAUGAUAAACAGUGUAGGUAGAAAAGCAGAGAGAAAUAGGAGAGAGAGAACAGAAGGUGUUUCCUCAUUCUGUGGAUCACAUUCAGAUGUGGAACGUUCAGACAGAAAUAUUGUAUGUUGAACAGACAUGUCUCUAUCUGACAUGUAAAGUAAAUAGGAAUCAUAUCAGCUUUACUUUCAGUAUGUUGCCCUCUCCUGUCCUGAACGUGACCCUGGUGUGUAAUGGAGGGUUUGUUGUCUAACAUAAAGGUGGUAUCUCAAAUACCAAUAUAUUCCCUAUAAUGCUCUAUUUUGGCCAGAGUCCUAUUUGUCAGUCCUAUGUUGCUUCGGUCAAAAGUAUUGCACUUUAUAGGGAAUAGGGUGUCAUUUAAGACACUACCCAACUUGUUCCCUUCAUCUGUGCUCUCUGCUGUCUCGUCUAUUUUGACUAAAUACAAAGAAAUUCAAUGUGAUUAAUAAAGUCCUUGAUUUACAGUUUUUUUUUGUAUCGCUUCAGUGCAAUUUUAACAAGUAGGCUAUGUGGUACCUUUUCACUACUCUUAGUACAAAACUCGAAACAGAUCACCAGAAAGGCAGUUGUUUCAAAACUUUAAGCACAUUUUCAAUUGACUAAGUAUUUCACAAUCAAAAUCAUAGUCCCAUUUUCACCACAUUUAAUCAGUGUUUCAUCUGGAAACACAUAACAUAACUGCCAUGCACAAUAAGAUGCUCACUUUUGAUAUGUUUCUCUUCUCUUUUGGUAAAAGACCAUUAACUAUUACUUAAUCAGACUGCUCUAAAUUGACGAUCACGUAUAUGUUUGGUAAACCUAUACAUUACACAACUAGGUCUCACAGUCUCACGUCAUAAUUACACGUUCAUCCAUGUUUCUCAAACUUCAAAUUUCGAAGUUGUUGCAAACAGCAAAUUUCUAAAUGUUUAAGGUUAAGUUUAGACAUUAACUCCAAAUGGUUAAGGUUUGGGAU